AUGGAGUUCGUCAAGUGCCUGGGUCACCCCGAGGAGUUCUACAACCUGCUGAAGUUCAAGAUGGGGGGUUGCAAGACCGUGCUGUCCAAGAUGGACCAGGACUCACUCAGCGACAGCAUGAAAACCUGCUACAGGUACCUGAACGAGACCAGCCGCAGCUUCGCCGCCGUCAUCCAGGCCCUGGACGGGGAGCUGCGCCACGCCGUGUGCAUCUUCUACCUGGUCCUCCGUGCGCUGGACACCGUGGAAGACGACAUGACCAUCAGUUUGGAGACCAAGGUCCCCAUGCUUGUCAAUUUCCACUCCUUCCUUGAUCAGCCCGACUGGAGGUACCUGGAGAGCAAGGAGAAAGACCGCCAAGUCCUGGAGGAUUUCCCCACGAUAUCCCUAGAGUUCCGGAAUCUCUCCGAGAAGUACCGGGCUGUGAUCGCGGGCACUUGCCAAGAGAUGGGAGCCGGGAUGGCCGAGUUUCUGGAGAAGAAGGUGGACUCCCAGCAGGACUGGGACAAGUACUGCCACUAUGUCGCCGGGUUGGUGGGAAUCGGCCUCUCGCGCCUCUUCUCCGCGUCCGAGAUGGAGGACCCCGUGGUGGGCGAGGACACCAAGGUGGCCAACUCCAUGGGCCUCUUCCUGCAGAAGACCAACAUCAUCCGGGACUACCUGGAGGACCAGCUAGAGGGCAGGGAGUUCUGGCCUCGAGAGGUUUGGAGCCGUUACGCCAAACAGCUGUCGGAUUUCACCAAUCCUGAGAAUGUGGACCUGGCCGUACAGUGUCUGAAUGAACUUGUCACCAACGCUCUGCACCAUGUCCCUGACGUCCUCACCUACCUGUCCCGCCUGAGGAACCAGAGCGUCUUCAACUUCUGUGCCAUCCCCCAGGUCAUGGCCAUGGCCACCCUAGCCGCUUGCUACAACAACCAGCAGGUUUUCCGGGGGGUAGUGAAGAUUCGCAAGGGGCAGGCCGUCACCCUGAUGAUGGGGGCCACCAGCCUGCCAGCCGUCCAUGCCAUCAUGAGCCGCUAUCUGGAAGAGAUCCAGCGGCAGAUCCCCAUCUCGGACCCAUCCUCCAGCAAGACAGAGCAGAUCGUCUCCUGCGCCCUCACGCUCAGCCUGCCCGGCGGCCGCCUGACCAGCCGUGCCCACUACUCCCCGAUCUACGUCUCCUGCGCCAUGGUCCUGGUGGCCCUCAGCUGGCAGUACCUCAGCAGCCUGACCCAGGGCCCAGAGGAUUGCCUGCGGACUGGAGAGAACUGAGGGCCCGGGCCCGCUGCCCCGGAGGACUCUUGCGAGGGGACCGCUGGUCAACGUGGCCACCCUGGACAAUGGGCUCACGCCUCGCCUGUGAGGAAGAGGCCGCCACACUCGUCUCCAAAGGCCCAGCCUGGCACAGGAUCCCGCACCCCCAAUUGGAAUUAAAUGUAUUUAACAGAC